UGCGCGGCGCGCAGUGCAUGCUGGGAGUAGUCUCCCUGACGCCUAGCGUCUUACCGUCGGCCGCCUGACCUCUGACAGCUCAGCCUUUCCCCCUGCGCGGCGCGGAAGCGGCAUGGCGUCUAGUGGCCACGGUUCCGGGCGGCAGGAAGCUGCGGACCGAAGACUCCGGCUCAUCGCCGGCCAUUUGCAUCCGCGGAUCGCUGCUAGCGAAUGCAAGGCCGAGGCGGCCGAGUCGGACCCCGUGAGGGCGAAAACUGUGCCAAAAAGGAGGCAGGAGGUUAUGAAAUGGAAUGGCUGGGGGUACAGCGACUCCAGAUUUCUGUUCAACAAGAAAGGUCAAGCGGAAUUUACCGGCAGGAGGUACAGGUUAGGUGGGUUGAUUUUUCCCAGUUUGAAGGACUGGUUCGAAAGCACCUUUGGCGCGAACCUCCAGCACAAAAGCCCGCCUACAGCGGCGUUAAACAGCAGUGCGAUCACACCACCCAACCUGAAUGAGCCUUUUCUCCAGGACCUGAAAUCCAUGGGGAUCCCCCACUCCCUGGAGGCCGAGGACCGGGUCUUCCGAGCCCACGGUCACUGCUUGCAUGAGAUCUUUGCCCUUCGUGAGGGGAGGUUUGGACGUCUUCCUGAUAUGGUUGUUUGGCCAAACUGCCACGACGAUGUGGUGAAAAUCGUGGAGCUGGCGUGCCAACAUAACGCUUGUUUGAUUCCCUAUGGAGGAGGAACCAGCGUGUCCAGUGCCCUGGAAUGCCCUCCAGAUGAGAUGCGCUCCAUCGUCUCGUUGGAUACCUCACAAAUGAAUCAUAUAUUGUGGAUCGACGAGAAGAACUUAACAGCCCACGUUGAAGCUGGGAUUGUCGGGCAGGAACUGGAGAGACUGCUGAACGAGAGCGGCUUCUGCACAGGCCAUGAGCCUGACUCCAUGGAGUUUAGCACCCUGGGAGGCUGGGUGGCCACCAGAGCCUCCGGCAUGAAGAAGAACAUCUACGGCAACAUUGAGGACCUGGUGGUUCACAUAAAAAUGGUAACCCCGCGUGGAGUGGUGGAGAAGAGCUGCCAGGUCCCCCGCAUGUCCACCGGGCCGGACAUCCACCACUUCAUCAUGGGCUCUGAGGGAACCCUGGGUGUUGUCACUGAGGUGACUUUGAAGAUCCGGCCCCUUCCAGAGUACCAGAAAUACGGCUCCGUGGUCUUUCCGAAUUUUGAGCAGGGCGUGGCUUGCUUGAGAGAGGUGGCGAAGCAGAGGUGCGCUCCUGCAUCCAUUCGUCUGAUGGACAACGCCCAGUUCCAGUUUGGACACGCCCUGAAGCCUCAGGUCUCCUCGAUAUUCACAUCCUUCUUGGACGGACUCAAGAAGUUUUACAUCACCAAGUUUAAAGGGUUUGACACCCACCGACUCUGUGUGGCCACCCUGUUGUUCGAGGGGGACCGCGAGAAGGUCCUGCAGCACGAGAAGCAGGUGUACGACAUCGCGGCCAAGUUCGGGGGUCUGGCAGCUGGAGAAGACAAUGGGCAGAGAGGCUACAUGCUGACCUUCGUCAUCGCUUACCUCCGGGACUUGGGGAUGGAUUACUACGUGAUCGGAGAGUCAUUUGAGACGUCAGUGCCUUGGGACAGGGUCCUGGAUCUCUGCAGGAACGUCAAGGAGCGGAUCACGAGGGAGUGCAAGGAGAGGGGGGUGCAGUUCCCCCCCAUGUCCACGUGCAGGGUGACCCAGACGUACGAUGCCGGCGCUUGCGUCUAUUUCUACUUUGCCUUUAACUACAGAGGCCUUGCCGACCCUGUGCAUGUUUACGAGCAAGUGGAGCACGCAGCCAGAGAGGAGAUCCUUGCCAAUGGAGGGAGUCUCUCCCACCACCACGGAGGUAUGGCACUGCACGACGAGGGGUCCCGGUGGGGUACCAGCGCGGGGAUUUGGGCCGGAGCCCGGAUCAGGUUUUGAGGCAUAUGAUUAACAAGGGCCUAUGGAGUAAGGAGCGCCUUUGUUGUCUGGACGGGCCGAUUUGCCCCGAUCGCUCCAUGGCGCCCUUGUGGCCUGUUGGUUUGACCCCCUCAUCCCCGGACGAUGACGGCGGGUCCACCAGAGUUAGAGUGCUCCCGUGCCUCUUCUGUCACGCGUCCAGCCCGCUUUUCCUACGGAAGACAAAUAGGCCAGUGGCUGCUCUUUGUCUCCCCGCCGCCAAAUCGAGGCGCGAGGAGGAGGCGGGACGCGGCAGUCCUUGCUGCCGGGGCCAAACGAGCAGGCUGUCUUAUCGGCAGCGCCAUUCGGCUCACGGUUUCCACACACCGCCGCAGGCGAUUAAUCUCGCCUGUCAGGGGACGCCGCUCGACGCACCAGUCGGGAUAUUAAAUCGGCGUUUUUAUCGGGGAGGGCAAGAAUUAAAGGAGCACUAAUGAAUUCGUGGCGGGGGGUGGGGAUCAGGAUCUGGCCGUGUUCUCUGACCCCUGGGUGCGCAUGACGCCCUCCAUAGCGUGCACACACAUACCCCGCUAGCAGCCCCGCCGACGCCAUGGCAUGAGCGGGGGGGCGGGGGGUAUUGACGUGGCUCCUCUCUGCGAGGCGCCGUAAUUGUGAUUAAUCACGACGGGCCGCGCUAUCUGGGUGCGGGCAGGCCUGCGUGUCGGGCCCACAGUGCCACGGUGACGGAUGGGGCCGCUCUCACUGAGUUUUGUGUAUCGGGGAGAACAGAUGUAGUCUGGGACGGCGAGGUGGGGGGCCACCGCAGGAAAUAUAAAUUAUUUUUAACCUGUGUUUACACCAGGUCCUGCUGCCGCAUGACCCCCCCCCUCCACACACACACAGAAUAAACACACUCAAGAUACUGGGAGCUGGUACCAAAAUGCUUACAGAGUUGUGCCCGAUUUUAAAAUAAACUCUGCACAAGUAUAACUGUCUUUGAAAAGUAUCCAGAGUUUGUUUUAAGGGUGUUAUAAUAUUUAACAUGGUAGAAUUUACAUCAGAGGAAGUUCUCUAGCUCUUGCUUUUUUUGAGGAGAACAUCUACCUUGGUUUAGAGAUUUGGGUCCAGAAGUCAUGAAAGUCCAAAAACAAAAGGGUGAAAAGGAGAGCCGUCCCAUUGGAGAAUGACCCAAAGAGUCCUUGUUUGGCUGGACAACUGAAUACGGUGUCCCAGGUUUUGUUCCUUGCAUUUGAAUUUGUAAGGAGCCAAAGUGUUUGUCACGGUGAAAGAGUGGCUGAAGACUCCACUCUGCCGCGAAGCCAGGAGGGCCGGGCAGCCGUCUGUAAGGAGAGUUAAUGGUUUAUUACGGCUCUAAAGGUCCAGCAGAAAGGUUACGGGGCAUUAAUCACCCCAAGAGUCCAUCGAUCACGCCUGCCAGUGCCCCGAGUGAACCCUGCGCUCUGCCCUUUUAACUUUGAUACUGCUCUUGUCCUGUUAAACUGACAAGGGGCUAUGGGACCCUCCCCCCCCCACUCCCUUUUAUGCUUCUGGACCACAUUUGUCAAAGCGCGUCCCUGCAUGCAGACCGGCUCGUCUCGGCCCCUGUUGGGGUGUAUCAGGUGCCGCUACCUGUCCAGAGCCCAGAAACACGGCUGCUGCAGAACUUGUAAAAGUAGAGGUUUGUUUGUGUUUGUUUUUAAGUUUAAAUCCACUUCACGCUACUCAUUAUCUUUAUGCUUUUUAGCAUCUCGUGUGUCUGUUUAUCGAAGAAAACAACAGAUUCAGCCCCGGAGGCAUAGAGGUUGUUGUGUGCGCUGAUUAAUUUUCCUUUUC